AUGCUCAUCACGUACUUGAUCAAGGGCAUCGUGUUCUGCCAGGGCGUGCACAGAUCCCUCGAAGGGGCCAGGGCGGACGAGAAGGGCAAUCGCGCAUGGGCGAUAUGGGCUUCAAUAGUUGGCUGUACUAUUACCCUGACAUGGUUCACGGCCAACCUAGUGCCAUUCUUCAACGACCUCGUCGACCUUUUAGGGGCCUCGCUGACCCCUUUCUGUUGCUGGAUAGUACCAAUUGGCUUGUACGUGUCCACGGUCGCCAGUGGCGGGCUCAAGGACCGACAGAUCUAUCGGACUGGCGGAGUGGACGGUCAUCGGGCUGGAGCUGCUGCUGUCCGUCGUGCUCAUGGUCGCUG